AUGUCUUCCACUUUGCCGCGAGAGCGGCGUCGCCAGCGCAAGACUUCGCAAGAGGAGCGAAUCUGUCCGGUGUGUUCGCAAACUUUCAAAAAGGCAGAACAUCUAGCCCGCCACUUUAGAUCCCACACGAAGGAGCGGCCGUUCAUGUGUCUUAUCUGCGACAAGCUCUAUGUCAGACGGGAUACUCUCUUGCGGCAUACGCGGUCACAACACCCCGAGAGCGAGUUGCAUGAGCAGCCAAGUAAUGAACUGGCAGGCGGCCUGGCCCCAGGGCAACCGGCUUUAGAGCAUCCGAUCGGCGCUUCAACCAACUUAGCCAGCGCAUAUCCGCCGAUUCUGACCGAUCUACCUGGCCUGCAAUGCCCAUCACUCAUCCACGAUGCGAACUCGGCCACCAUCUCGUUGUCAAUACAUUCGCUUGAUUAUACCGCCUCCCCUUCUGUGCAGAAUAUUCGCGAGUAUGACGACGACCUAGUGGCUGACUUGCUUGCUAAUGAGGCGACCGGCAUCGGAGCAUGGCCAACCUUUUGGAGUGGCCAGUGGGAUGAGGUCUGGACAUCGUUGUUGACUGCAGAUGAUUUCGAUCUGGACGCGGUAAAUCAUACUUUGCUCGCGUCAACGGACCAGAGGCCACAAGAUCUCAUACCGCAGCCUGCCUUUGUUUCUCCCGCUACUGAAUCGCUACCCGACCCUACAAUGAGUCUCACAACAAUACAACGAAGAUGGCACACCUUUUCCGAGACAAAGGUUCCAUCACAACGGGCCUCACCUGUACCCUUGAGGGACGCUGCUCCCGGUCAGAUAAGCACUCAUGCCGAUGAUCUUGAUCGUCAAAAUUUGAUAGAAAGCCUUUGGCCCAACGUUCAAGCUGGCAUCCUGCCCUCUACAAAGUUUCUGGACUUCUGUCUUCAAGCAUACUUUCGUCACUUCCAAGCCAUAUUCCCUCUUAUCCACGCCCCGACCUUCCAGCCUUCAAGAAAAAAUGCAGUGCUGCUCCUUUCCAUGUGUUCGAUUGGCAGCUUGUUCCUUAGCUCAUCGAAAGCGUUGGAGCAUGGAAUAAGCAUGUUUGAAAGAUUGCAAAAGGCUAUAUUGGCAUCGUGGGAUACAUAUAUCCAAGCGCCGAAUCGCGCUCACCUGCACGCUAUUCAAGCUUCUGUGAUUGGACAGACCUUCGGUCUUUUGAUGGGAAGACCAAGGGACUUGGUCGGGAUAGAAUUUUUCCAUGGGACUAUGAUAGCCUGGGCGCGAAAAGUGAGGCUGUUCGUUUUCGAUGAGGACCCGCCAGGCGACAUCGAAAGUCUAGAGGAUGAUAGCGACGCACUGAGGUCAAUUUGGAAGAACUGGGCUAGAGUGGAGGAAAAGAAACGUAUUGUUCUCGCACUUCACAUUCAUGACAUCGAACUCGCUAAACUUCACCACCACGAGCCAAUUCUUAGACAUACGCCAGAAAACCUACCGCAUCUUUCCGCCCCUGAGCUGUUUGCGGCACCAUGCGCAAAGUCCUGGAAGUCUUUAUAUCUCGGGACUAAAAAGCCCGUCCAAGGGACACAUCUGCCAGUAGCGGGGCGCUCGAGCCUUCUCAGAGAAUUCCCGCAAAAUGACUUCCUAUCCUACGGUAUGCUUGAGUCCAUUGGCGCACUUGCCUAUGAAGAUAGUAGCCGCGGUCAUUCAGGACGCGCCGUAGUGCAACAAUGCGAGGAACUGCUGAUAGAGUGGUAUCGCAAGUAUGCGCAAGUUUCCAAUGCAAGCAAGCAUCCAGACCAUUUCUGCCUCAUGAUCUUAUGGCACUCGAUAUUCAUGCAUCUCGACACGCGGUUCGACCAGCUUGAAUGCGCCUGUGGACGAGAAGGCGAAGCAUCCGCACAAAGGAACCGACCAUAUGCUUCCAGCUGGGCAGAGUCUCGGGCUGCAAUACGUGCCCUGCUCCAUGCGACCCUCAUCCAACAGCAUUUCCAGCUCCUACCAAUUGGUGCUGAGUCUGCAAUCCAUGUUCCGAUGGCGCUGUAUAAUUGUGGAAUUGCAUGGGCUUGUUUCACGCGCUUUGGCUCUGGCGUUGGAGACUCGUUCGUUGAUCCUGCGACACUUUGA